UUUCAUCCAUUUACUCUCUCCUUCACCACGAUUACUACAUCAACAGUACAAUACUACUCACAACCAUACAUAAUUUCCACAAACCCCUACUACGACAGAGUGCCCUGUCACUUCCACUUGUUGCAAACACCAGAUCCCGUCGUUGGCGUAUUGCAGGCACAUUUAUCUUUACUUCUUUGUCCACGGCUCUACACCUGCUGGCGAAUCCCUCGCUGUUUCUGCCAUUAUGGCUUCCUCUGAGCCCUUCCCAUCGAUCCAAGACGAUGCCAACAGUUUCAGACCUGAAAAUGCCAUUGGCUCUCCACCCUCAGAACGGAGAAGUUCUAUCGCGUCGAGGAAUACCCUUACCCGCACUCGCACCCGUACCGGUUCCCUGAUCCAGAGUUUCAUCGAGAGCAAUCCUCCUCUAGGCAUGUGGCAAGCCACCGGCGAGGUCGGCUCUAAGAUACCCACCUUACCAGAGAUCCGGAAUGGCUCAUUUGCCGGUGAAGGGUGGACUCAUGAGGGUCAGAUGGAACAUAGAGGCACCAACCCACAUGAAAUCCACCGCCGGCGCAUGCAAAGAACAAGUUCUGCCAGCACCAGGACGAGAAAGAGCUCCAUCACAACUCCUGCUGGCCAGGUCCCGGCCAUCGCAGAGGAACACCAUGAAUAUUUCCCCAAAAGGGCCUCGAUAUCGGUGCAGGAUCCACUAUUCGAAGUGAACAGCCCCCCGAGCCCCGAAAUACAGUCCAGCCAAAUUCCUGAGGAACAGACUUCCAAGUCGGCUCGAUCGCAAUCACGAGGAUUCCUGUCCAAGUCUCGAUCGCAAUCAAGAGUGCCAGGUCAGAUCUCGUCGAUUCGAGAACCUAGCGAGAAGCCGUCCACCUUAUCUUCCGCGCCCCAAGAACCGCAAGGGGACACCCAUACUCCUCCAACAGGUCCGGAUGCAACAGGCACAUAUCCCAACGGGUAUCGCUUCCCCAAGAAGCAUACCUGGCUCCAAUCCACCACUAUCGGUCUCAAGGCAUUCUGGAAGUUCUUCCUCACGCCUUUUGGCUUCAUCAUUACCAUAUACGGUCUCAACGUCGUUGGCUGGGGUGCCAUGAUCUUCUUCGUUCUCCUCAAAGCUGCUCCUGCCAUGUGUCAUCCCAGCUGUGAAGACGAUUCGUCUGCUCGACAGAAGUGGAUUGAAAUUGAUUCCCAAAUCUUGAACGGACUCUUCUGCGUCACUGCAUUUGGUCUUUUCCCCUGGAGAGCGAGGGACUUCUACUACCUCCUGAGAUGGAGAUGGGGUGGCAACUAUGACUACUAUCGUCGUCUUGCCGGCAUCAAUCGAUCGUGGUACCGUCUCCCUGGAAGCGACCAGCUUCCAGAAGAUCUCGGCCCUCCGCCCGUCUACAACAAGAAACACCCGUACACUGCCGAAGCCCCUCCGCCAUAUACCGAAGAGGAGAUGGAGACUCUAGAAUCCAAUCGGGCAGUUCCAUUACCCGCCACUUCGAUGCCAGAGCCACCAUUGACAGGAAUUCGUGCCAAGCCAACUCCGGCGUGGACAAUUGAUUUUGUCGUGUGGAUGUACAUGCUCAACACAUUCUUCCAAGUUUUGCUUUGUAUCUGGAUGUGGCACUGGAAUCGAUUCGACCGUCCCACCUGGGGUACGGGCGUGUGGAUUACUCUCGGCUGUCUAGUCGCCAUUUUUGCCGGAGUGGUUGUUUUCAUCCAAGGCAACAAAAUCAAGAAAGUUGAAGGAAUCCCCGUGCACGAAUACGACGUCCUUGAGUCAAUCGAGGACUUCGAAGAGAGAAAGGCCAAAGAGGAGAAGAAGGAUGCCAAAAAAGAGGCAAAACGCCAACAUCGUUCCGAAAAGGAAGAGAGAAAAGUGAUCAAAUCCCAUAAAUUGAAGGGCGAUCGCUGGUUCGAGCGUCAUUGAGGCGGGGAUAAUUGCAAUAUCCCCGAGAUGUUUCCACUGAGGAUGGACGAUCAUUGACUGGCUUUCCCGCCUUAUUCUUUUGGGCUGUUUUUCAUAAUUCUCUCUUGGUCUAGCAAUUGUGCACUGCAUUGAAGCCGAAUGAGCGUUUGUAAAAGAGCAGGGCGAUAUGGAAAUCAGGAUAUGGCAAGGGGGAAGCAGGAGGGAUCAAACAUCCAAUUGGCACCAAAUCUGUAACGACCACCACUAACACUGCCGAUGGCAGCGGCAGCGGCAGGAAUCAACAUCUCAUUCUUGCACAGGUGCCUCCUUCACAUCACUUAUUAGUGAUAAUUAAUUAUCUAUCUCCUUUAUACUGUCUGCUUUAGCCGGCGACGAUGGAAUUAUCAAAUACCCUUUCUGGCAAGGGAGUUGGUGUAUCUGUUUCGAUCCAGUUGAAUUAUCUAGCAUUGGUUG